GCAAUUAAAAAUUUGCAACACCAAAAUAAAAAAAAAAAAAAAAUAAGAGAAAUCUUUAUUGUUUUAGCCAAAAAGCAUCGUCAGCCUGCACACAUAUCGUGUAUGUGUUUUUGUGCAUCUGUGUAUAUGUGUGCGUGCGUGUGUAUUUCCACCCCCCCCUGUGCAAUCCAUCCAUUAAUCUACACACAUAUAUAUAUAUAAGUGAAUAUAUUUAUAUACGUAACCUGAUCUAAAUGACAACUUAUUAAUGCAACAAUUUUGCAUGUGGCACUUGUGCAAAAUAAAUCAAAUCAAAUAUCAAAACAAUCGAUAACAUAAUUGUUGAAAUCAAAUAACUAUCGAUAACAACCAAUAACUAACAAUCGACUCGAUACAAAAUGGCGGACAUCAUGCGUCCGCCGUUUAGCGACAUUAAGCGGCCCGACGAAAUUGUCAGAAUGACGACCGCCGACAAUCUCAAAUUUGCCGUCCUCAUCGGCCUCAUCGAGGUCGGCCAGGUGACCAAUCGUGAGGUGGUCAACACAGUUUUACAUUUGCUGGUCGGCGGUGAAUUCGAUAUGGAAUUGAAUUUUGUGAUACAGGAUGCGCAGAAUAUAAAACAUAUGCUGGAGCUGUUGGAUCAUUGUCCGCCCAAUUUGCAGGCCGAGAUCUGGAGCGUGUUUAUUGCGAUUCUGCGGAAGAGCGUUCGCAAUCUUCAGGCCUGCACAGAUGUGGGACUUAUCGAACAUGUUCUGGUGCGUCUGCAGCGCUCCGAGACUGUUGUGGCAGAUCUGCUCAUCGAGAUGCUGGGUGUAUUGGCCAGCUAUAGCAUAACCGUUAAAGAGCUGAAACUUCUAUUUGGCACGAUGAAGGCCAACAAUGGCAAAUGGCCGCGUCAUUCGGCCAAAUUGUUGAAUGUGCUGCGACAAAUGCCCCAUCGCAACGGGCCCGAUGUGUUCUUCAGUUUUCCCGGCCGCAAGGGAUCGGCAAUGGUGCUGCCGCCGCUGGCUAAAUGGCCUUACGAAAAUGGAUUUACCUUUACCACCUGGUUUCGAUUGGAUCCAAUUAACUCGGUGAACAUUGAGCGCGAGAAACCCUAUCUCUACUGCUUCAAGACAUCGAAGGGCGUUGGGUAUACGGCUCACUUUGUGGGCAACUGUCUGGUCCUCACAUCGAUGAAGGUCAAGGGCAAGGGCUUUCAGCAUUGUGUCAAAUAUGAAUUCCAGCCACGCAAGUGGUAUAUGAUUGCCAUAGUGUACAUAUACAAUCGUUGGACAAAAAGCGAAAUCAAGUGCCUCGUGAAUGGACAACUGGCGUCGUCAACCGAAAUGGCCUGGUUUGUUUCCACAAACGAUCCCUUUGACAAGUGCUAUAUAGGCGCCACGCCCGAACUGGAUGAGGAGCGCGUCUUCUGUGGCCAAAUGUCGGCAAUUUAUUUGUUCAGCGAGGCGCUGACAACGCAGCAAAUCUGCGCGAUGCACCGCCUGGGGCCGGGCUACAAGUCGCAAUUCCGUUUCGAUAACGAGUGCUAUCUGAAUCUGCCGGACAAUCACAAGCGGGUGAGUCACUUUCAACUAACAACCAGUUUGGGUGGUGCUCUGCUGGUUGGCAGCGAUGCAGCCGGCGCCGGGGCCGGCAGCAACAGCGGCAGCAGCAGCAGCCAGCAGCAACAGUUGCAGCUGCAAUUCCAAACGCUCGCCGCCGAGCAGGAGGCGCGCGCCAUUGACUGGUCCGACGAGCGGCUCGAUUUGAGUGCGGCCUUUGUCAAGAUCCGAGCGGUGCUAACCGCACGCAAUGCGGUUGCGCUGGCGGCUCUAACGGGUGGUGCAGCGCCAACAACAGCAGCUGCCACAGCAGCAGCAGCAGCAGCAGCAGCGGCGGCAGCAGCAGCAGCAGCAGCAGCAGCUACGUCGGGCACGCCUGCCGAGGGCGGCAACAGCAGCAGCAACAGCGAGCAGCAACAGUUGCCGCUGGCACAGCAGCAGCAGCAACAAUCGAACAGCAACAACAACAACAACACUGCGGACGAUCCGCUUGGCCAUUUGCCCACUGGAAAUGCUUCUUUUGAUCAACUGCGUCGCAUGUCCAGUGUGACCAGCCUGAGCACCAUGGGCGUGCCCGCCCCCGCCAUUGCCGGCGACACUGAGGAAAUCAACCAGCUAAAAGCUGUGCUGUAUGAUGGCAAACUAUCGAAUGCCAUUGUCUUCAUGUACAAUCCAGUGGCAACCGAUGGUCAACUUUGUUUGCAGUCUUCCCCCAAAGGAAAUGUUUCAUAUUUUGUACACACGCCGCACGCGCUGAUGCUGCAGGAUGUCAAGGCUGUGGUCACGCAUUCCAUACACUGCACACUCAAUUCGAUCGGCGGCAUUCAGGUGCUGUUUCCGCUCUUCUCCCAGCUGGACAUGGCGCACGAGGGCAUAAGCGAUAUCAAGCGCGAUCCGACGCUCUGCUCGAAGCUGUUGGGCUUCAUUUGCGAACUGGUGGAGACAUCACAGACGGUGCAACAGCACAUGAUACAGAAUCGGGGCUUUCUGGUGAUAUCCUUCAUGCUGCAGCGUUCGUCGCGCGAACAUCUAACUUUGGAGGUGCUCGGCUCGUUUCUCAAUUUGACCAAAUAUCUGGUCACCUGCCUGUCGGCCAACAGUGACUUGCUGCUGAAGCAGUUGAGCACGGGCCUGCGUAAUCCUUUCAAAAAAUUCUACCAGUUGUUCUGUUUCUCGUUUCUCACGUGGCAGCUGCUCGAUCACGUGCUCUUCAAUCCGGCCCUGUGGAUCUAUACGCCAGCCAAUGUCCAGGCACGGCUCUAUUCCUAUCUGGCCACCGAGUUUCUCAGCGAUACACAAAUCUAUAGCAAUGUCCGACGUGUGAGCACCGUCUUGCAGACAGUACACACCCUCAAGUAUUACUAUUGGGUCGUCAAUCCGCGCGCCAAGAGCGGCAUCAUACCGAAGGGUUUGGAUGGUCCGCGACCGGCUCAGAAGGAUAUUCUGGCCAUACGCGCCUAUAUCCUGCUGUUCCUCAAGCAGCUAAUCAUGAUAGGCAAUGGCGUCAAGGAGGAUGAACUGCAAAGCAUACUCAACUAUCUGACCACCAUGCAUGAGGACGAGAAUCUGCACGAUGUGCUGCAGAUGCUCAUCUCGUUGAUGUCGGAGCAUCCGAGCUCAAUGGUACCUGCCUUCGAUGUGAAGCACGGCGUGCGCAGCAUCUUCAAGCUGCUGGCGGCCGAAAGUCAAUUGAUACGCCUCCAGGCGCUCAAGCUGCUCGGCUUUUUCCUUUCGCGCAGCACACACAAUUCCCCUAACUCCGACAACCGCUGCAGGCGUAAGUACGAUGUCAUGUCGCCGCACAAUUUGUACACGUUAUUAGCGGAGCGUCUGCUAUUGUACGAGGAGUCAUUGUCGCUGCCCACAUACAAUGUGCUCUACGAGAUUAUGACGGAGCAUAUCUCACAGCAGAUACUAUACACACGCCAUCCGGAGCCGGAGAGUCAUUACCGUCUGGAGAAUCCGAUGAUACUGAAAGUGGUCGCCACACUAAUACGCCAGUCAAAGCAAACGGAGUCGCUGAUCGAGGUGAAGAAGCUCUUUCUGCAGGACAUGACCCUGCUGUGCAAUAGCAAUCGGGAGAAUCGUCGCACCGUCCUCCAGAUGUCCGUCUGGCAGGAGUGGCUCAUUGCCAUGGCCUAUAUUCAUCCAAAGAACACCGAGGAGCAGAAGAUCAGCGAUAUGGUCUAUUCACUGUUCCGCAUGCUGCUGCAUCAUGCCAUCAAGCAUGAGUAUGGCGGCUGGCGCGUCUGGGUGGACACCCUGGCCAUUGUCCACUCGAAGGUCUCCUACGAAGAAUUCAAGCUGCAGUUCGCCCAAAUGUAUGAGCACUAUGAGCGACAGCGCACCGAUAACAUCACCGAUCCCGCUCUGCGUCAGGCUCGCCCCAUUAGCACCAUCAGCGGCUGGGAGCGGGAGGAGCUGCAGCAGCAGCAGAACGGUCCGGUUGCCAGCGCGCAGCAGCAGCAGCCGCAGCAGCAGCAGCUGCCGGACAUAAAGAGCGCCGUCUCUAUAGCAUCGCUGGAAGAUGUGCCACCCGUGGAGGAGGAGGCAGAGGAACUGGAGUUGGAGACCAUUGAUGUCGAUGCGCAGGAGCUGCAGUUGACCGGCGAUGCGGCCGCAUCUACUACCGAGCCUUGCGUCUGUGCUGCCAAUGGCGAGCCAACCGAAGCGGAGCAAGAGCAGCGGGAGGAGCCGCCUAACAAGUCGGUGAUUGCCAACAUUUCGGAUGUGUACAACGAGCAAAUUAAAACGGAUGAGGCGCUGCAGAGCGCUCCGGCGCCCACCUGCAACGGCAGCGUCAGUCCCAGUCCGGCGGAGAAGACGGAGCAGCUGGAGCAACCGAAGCAAUUGGAGCAGGCGGAACUACAGGCCACAGCUGGUGGCCAGGCGGCGCUCAAGGAGACGCUCCAAAUAGGCGAAGACUUGGAGGAGCUGGAGCUUGCGACGGCCAAGGAUGCGAUCGAUGUUGAGCAGCAUGUAGCACAUGUGCUGCAAGUGUCCGAAGCCGCGUUGAACGACUGCAAGCUGACCGUCGAUGACGUACUGCAAGAGUCCUCCUCGGUGCUGAAGGAUGAGGAGAUUGAGCUGGCUGUCAACGAGGUGGUGCAGGGCGUGCUCAAGAGCGAGAAGAAGACGCCCGCGCAGGACAAUGUCAGUCUGCUUAACAGCAAGAAUCUACUCAACCACAACAACAACAAUAACAACAAUGCCACUAAGACGGAACAGCAGAACAAGGAGCAGACGCAACAGCUGGAAGCCGAGGUGAAUGCCAACGAGAUCCACAGCAGUGCCAGCGAGGAGACAACAACUACGACCACAACAACAGAUACAAUAAUGGCGGAGGAGAAAAAAGAAGCGCCUGAGCUGGUUCAGGAACAGGAGCAGGAGUCAAAUACAGCAGCAACCAAUCAAAAGACUGAAGAUGCGGCCAACAAGCUGAAUAACAACGAGAAACUGGAGGCCAGCAGCAGCCAGGAGCCAGCAGCAGCAGCAGGGGCAGCAGCAGGGGCAGCAGCAGGAGCAGCCAGUGGCGACCAGGAGCUGAGCUCAACGCUGAGCACUAGCAACGCGAGCAGCGAAGAGCUAACGAUGUCUAUAACGAACGCAAGUCCUGCGAGCACAGAGCCCGAGCUGGAGGAGACAACGGAGGAUGUGGUGGCCACAGCGGUGCGUGACAUUGUCGAGCAGCUCAUCGACAAAGUAAUUGAUGCAGCCGAGGCUGAAGCCAAAACCGCGACCAAAACCGAAGCCGCAAACGAAAUCGAAACUGAAACCAAUAACAACGAGGUGCAAAAGGAAGCCACAAAGCAGGCAGCUGCAGAGACAGAGACAGAGACAGCAACAGACGCAGAGACAGAGACGCAGCAAGACCAGGAGCAGGCGAGCGUUGCCGCCGCCGCCGAGGAAAUCGUACACGAGAUGGUGGAAGCAGCACUCGAUUUGGCCGAGGAACAAGCAGAGUCAGAGCCAAGCAAGGAACAGGUGUCUGGCAUUGUGAACGCCGUACUGGAUACUCUAGUGGACGAAACCGUGAAAGCUGUGGCAGCCGAGCAGACCACACAGACUUCGCCCACGCCCGAAGAGCAACCGGCACGCAUGGAGUCGCAAGCUACGUCCAUGGACGCAACAGUUACGGUGCGCAUGAAGCCCACCGAGGUGGACUCCACCACGCAGACAACGCCAAAGAACGAGGCGGAUGCUCUAAAGAGUCUCGACGAGCUGCCCGAUGUGGAUGAUGAUGCACAAGAGACAACCAGCCCAGACGCGGACAUCGAUGCCGACGACGACGACUACGCCGCACAGCAGCCACAGACGGCGACCGGAACGUCAGCUGCUAUAGCAGAAGGCGGCACACAGCAGGAAGGCAAUCAUUAUGUUGCCGGAACGGCAGCAACGGCCGGUGCCGAGGGCAAGCAACAACGAUCCAAGUCCGGCUCCACACGGCCCAUGUUCAGUCCGGGACCGACACGUCCGCCGUUUCGCAUACCGGAAUUCAAGUGGUCCUACAUACAUCAGCGACUGCUCAGCGAUGUGCUCUUCUCGCUGGAGACGGACAUCCAGGUGUGGCGCAGCCACUCCACCAAGAGUGUCCUCGACUUUGUCAACUCGAGCGAGAACGCCAUCUUUGUGGUGAACACCGUUCAUCUGAUAUCCCAGCUGGCCGAUAAUCUGAUCAUUGCCUGUGGCGGCCUCUUGCCGCUGCUCGCCAGCGCCACGUCUCCCAAUUCGGAGCUGGAUGUGCUGGAGCCCACACAGGGCAUGCCACUAGAGGUGGCCGUAUCCUUUUUACAGCGCCUCGUCAAUAUGGCCGAUGUGCUCAUCUUUGCCACAUCGCUGAACUUUGGCGAACUGGAGGCCGAGAAGAACAUGUCCAGUGGCGGCAUCUUGCGCCAGUGCCUCCGUCUUGUCUGCACCUGUGCCGUGCGCAAUUGCCUCGAGUGCAAGGAGCGCACACGCUAUAAUGUCGGCGCCUUGGCACGGGAUGUGCCCGGCGCGGCGCAUCUUCAGGCGCUCAUACGCGGCGCUCAGGCUUCGCCAAAGAACAUUGUGGAGUCAAUCACUGGUCAAUUAUCGCCCGUCAAGGAUCCUGAGAAGCUGCUGCAGGACAUGGACGUUAAUCGUUUGCGUGCCGUCAUCUAUCGCGAUGUGGAGGAAACGAAACAAGCGCAAUUCCUAUCGCUGGCCAUCGUUUACUUCAUUUCAGUGCUGAUGGUGUCCAAAUAUCGGGAUAUUUUGGAACCACCUGCAGAGCCGCAACUGCAGCGUCAAUCGCCAGUGAUGCAGCGCAGCGCGGGCAGCGGCGGCCGUCAGAUUCAGGAUAGCGAUUACGAGAUUAUCGUCGUUGAUGAGAACAAUCCCUCGGUGCUGGCGGAUAAUGAUUCCCACUCCAGUGGACCCCCAUCCAUAAAGGCUAAUAUUAACAACAACAAUAACAACAACACUAAGACAACAACCGCAACAACAACAACAACAACAACUACCGCAACAACAACAGCUACAAGAACAACAACUAAAGAUACAAUCAAAAUUCAACAACAACCAUUGUCACCACCCAAGCCAAUGGUCCCAAAAAAAUUACCAAAGAGCGUCGAUUCGGAUGUGGUGUCCCUGAACAUGAACUCGACAGAAAACGAAGUACCCGAAGUCGAAUCGUCCAGCGAUAUUUUAGCCGAUGAUCACAAGCCGAGCAACUCGAACGACGAGAGCUGGACGGAUGUCAAUUUGAAUGAGGACGCAGCCGUUCAGGCGGCGGCCAGUGGCGGCAUUGUCGUGGGCCUUGUUGAUGCCAGCGACAGCGUCAAGCACGAGCAGCAGCAUCAGCAACAUCAGCAGCAACAACAGCAACAACAUCAGCAACAGCAGCAACAACAACAACAGCAGGGCAUUUCGCGCGUGGGCAUGGCAGUGGGCAGCGAGCGUGGUGAUAAGCCCGACUCGGAAAUAUCGGUGGUGCGUGUGCCGGAUGGCUAUGGCGUUGGUGGUGCUGGUGCUGGUGUUGCUGCUGGCGCCGGCAAUGCUGGCACAGUUGUUAGCACGCAGCAGCAGCGCACGCGGCCCGAUGAGCUGCCAAUGAAGCCACCGGCGCUGGUGGCGCAGCUGCCGUUGACGACGCCAUCGCGCGAGGCGAGUCUCACGCAAAAGCUGGAGAUAGCUCUGGGUCCCGUGUGUCCACUGCUGCGCGAGAUAAUGGUUGACUUUGCGCCGUUCCUCUCCAAGACGCUUGUCGGCUCGCACGGCCAGGAGCUGCUGAUGGAGGGCAAGGGCUUGACCACGUUCAAGAACUCACACUCCGUCGUCGAGCUGGUGAUGCUGCUCUGCUCGCAGGAGUGGCAGAACAGUCUGCAGAAGCACGCCGGUCUCGCCUUCAUCGAGCUGAUCAACGAGGGCCGCCUGCUCUCCCAUGCCAUGAAGGAUCAUAUUGUGCGCGUGGCCAACGAGGCGGAGUUCAUUCUCAAUCGGAUGCGGGCCGACGAUGUACUAAAGCAUGCCGACUUUGAGUCGCAGUGCGCCCAAACGCUGCUCGAACGGCGCGAGGAGGAGCGCAUGUGCGAUCAUCUGAUUACAGCCGCUCGCCGACGGGACAAUGUCAUUGCCAGCCGGCUGUUGGAGAAGGUGCGAAACAUAAUGUGCAAUCGCCAUGGAGCCUGGGGCGAUGCCAACGGCAUGGCUGCCAUCACGAGUUCCAUAACGGCCAGUGUUGGCCCGCUGGCGAAGAGCACAUACUGGAAACUGGACGCUUGGGAGGAUGAUGCUAGGCGUCGCAAGCGCAUGGUACAGAAUCCACGUGGCUCCUCCCAUCCACAGGCCACGCUUAAGGCGGCGCUGGAGAACGGUGCACCCGAGGAUGCCAUCUUGCAGACACGCGACGAAUUCCACACUCAAAUUGCGGUAUCCCGCGCACAUCCAUCGUCGCAGCACAACAGCGAGCUGUUGGACGAUGCGGAGCUGCUAAUUGAGGAUCGGGAACUAGAUUUGGAUCUGACUGGACCCGUGAAUAUUAGCACCAAAGCGCGCCUGAUAGCGCCUGGUCUGGUGGCACCCGGCACUGUUUCCAUUACGAGCACUGAAAUGUUCUUUGAGGUGGAUGAGGAUCAUCCGGAAUUCCAUAAGAUCGAUGCCGAGGUACUCAAGUAUUGCGACCAUCUGCAUGGCAAAUGGUACUUCUCCGAGGUGCGCGCCAUUUUCUCGCGUCGCUAUCUGCUGCAGAACGUGGCGCUGGAGAUCUUUUUGGCCAGCCGCACCUCGAUCCUGUUCGCCUUUCCCGAUCAGCACACCGUCAAGAAGGUGAUCAAGGCACUGCCACGCGUUGGCGUUGGCAUUAAGUACGGCAUUCCGCAGACACGUCGCGCCUCCAUGAUGUCACCCCGCCAACUGAUGCGCAACUCGAACAUGACGCAGAAAUGGCAGAGACGUGAGAUCUCCAACUUUGAAUACUUGAUGUUCCUCAAUACGAUUGCCGGACGCACGUACAACGAUCUGAACCAGUAUCCGAUUUUCCCUUGGGUGCUGACCAAUUACGAUUCAAAGGAUCUGGAUCUCAGCCUGCCCUCCAACUAUCGGGAUUUGUCCAAGCCAAUUGGCGCACUGAAUCCUUCGCGUCGUGCCUACUUUGAGGAGCGCUACGAGAGCUGGGACAGCGAUACAAUACCCCCAUUCCACUAUGGCACCCACUACUCAACGGCCGCAUUCACCCUUACCUGGCUGGUGCGCGUGGAACCCUUUACGACCAUGUUCCUGGCGCUGCAGGGCGGCAAAUUUGAUUAUCCCGAUCGGCUGUUCUCUUCCGUAUCGCUCAGCUGGAAGAACUGUCAGCGCGAUACGUCUGAUGUGAAGGAACUGAUACCGGAAUGGUAUUUCCUGCCUGAGAUGUUCUACAAUGCAUCCGGCUACAGGAUGGGACAUCGCGAAGACGGCGCCCUGGUGGAUGACAUUGAGCUGCCCCCGUGGGCCAAGUCCCCUGAGGAGUUUGUGCGCAUCAAUCGCAUGGCCCUCGAAUCGGAGUUUGUCUCCUGCCAGCUGCACCAGUGGAUCGAUCUGAUAUUCGGCUACAAGCAGCGCGGACCGGAAGCGAUCCGGGCCACCAACGUGUUCUACUAUCUCACCUACGAGGGCAGCGUCGAGCUGGACGGCGUGCUCGAUCCGGUGAUGCGCGAAGCUGUUGAGAAUCAAAUACGAAACUUUGGGCAAACACCCAGCCAGCUGCUAAUGGAACCGCAUCCACCACGCAGCUCCGCUAUGCAUCUGUCGCCCAUGAUGUUCAGUGCCAUGCCCGAGGAUCUGUGCCAGAUGCUCAAGUUCUAUCAGAACUCGCCCAUCAUACACAUCUCGGCAAACACCUAUCCUCAGCUAUCGCUACCCUCUGUGGUCACCGUGACCGCUGGUCAUCAGUUUGCGGUGAAUCGCUGGAACUGCAAUUACACCGCAUCCGUCCAGAGUCCCAGCUAUGCCGAGUCGCCGCAAUCGCCAGGCUCCAAUCAGCCGCUGACCAUUGAUCCAGUGUUGGCUGUGCAUGGCACCAAUAACAACAGCAACGCGGUCAGCCGUCGUCAUUUGGGCGACAACUUUAGCCAAAUGCUUAAGAUUCGAUCCAAUUGCUUUGUGACCACUGUCGACAGUCGUUUUCUCAUUGCCUGCGGCUUCUGGGAUAACAGUUUUCGUGUGUUCGCCACAGAGACAGCGAAAAUCGUGCAAAUCGUCUUCGGCCACUUUGGAGUUGUCACCUGCAUGGCACGCAGCGAGUGCAACAUUACCUCGGACUGUUAUAUAGCAUCCGGCUCGGCGGAUUGUACGGUACUGCUCUGGCAUUGGAAUGCCCGUACCCAGAGCAUUGUCGGUGAAGGGGAUGUGCCCACGCCACGCGCCACACUUACGGGUCACGAGCAGGCAGUCACCUCGGUGGUGAUAAGCGCUGAGCUGGGGCUUGUUGUUUCGGGUUCAACGAACGGACCCGUUUUGAUACACACCACUUUUGGCGAUUUGCUGCGCUCGCUGGAUCCGCCCGCUGAUUUCAACUCGCCGGAGCUGAUAACUAUGUCGCGCGAGGGCUUUAUAGUCAUCAAUUAUGACAAGGGCAAUGUUGCGGCCUACACCAUUAAUGGCAAGAAGCUGCGCCAUGAAACGCACAACGACAAUCUGCAGUGCAUGCUGCUCUCGCGCGAUGGCGAGUAUCUGAUGACCGCCGGUGAUCGCGGCAUUGUCGAGGUGUGGCGCACUUUCAAUCUGGCACCGCUCUAUGCCUUUCCCGCCUGCAAUGCGGGCAUACGCUCGCUGGCGCUCACUCACGAUCAGAAAUAUUUGCUCGCUGGCUUGUCAACUGGUUCCAUAAUUGUGUUCCACAUUGAUUUCAAUCGCUGGCAUCAUGAGUAUCAGCAGCGCUACUAAACCAGCGAGUGCGUUCCACAUUCGACACAUUCCACGUUCCCAAUACACAAACACACGGACAGCUGAAUCAAAAUGGCGAGAGAGCCGCGUGCGUUGUUCAGGCAAGUUCAAAUAAGAGCCGAAGAGAGCGCAACGAUGUACUUAAGAGCGUUGAAGAGAGCGCGGAUGUUAAUUUGUUUCUUUCUACUUUUCAUUUUUAUUAUCGAUAGACAUUUACAAUUCUAGGCUAGUAUGCAAACAAAACUAUAUAUUUUUUUUUGUCUAGUAUUACUUAAAAUAGCAUAUUAUCUAGUAUGUUCGGUGUGAGCCAGUCGGAAAAACAAAACACAUUUUUUUACUAGUUAUACGGCAUGUAGUACGUUAAGUUGCAGCAAUGAGACAAGAAACUCAAAAAUAUUACAUACAAAUACAAAAAAAAAAAACAGAAAAUAGAUAACAAGAAAGAACACAACAAGCUGCAAUCGGCUUAAGUUGAGUAGUUUUAAUAAGUGCAGACAAGAAACAGAAGAGUUUGUGUUUAUAAAACGCAAUAAGCAGUUAAUAAAACUUGAAGAAGACAUAAAAAAUAAAAAUUAAAAAAAAGCAAACAAAUAAACUUUAAUAAUAAUAACGUAGCAAAAGUUCUCACAAAUUAUAUUGACAAAAAAGUAAGCAAAAAUAACAAAAGAAAGAAAACGCUUGAAAUGAAACGAAACGAAGGAAAACGAAACGAAACGAAAUAAAAGAAAAUGAGAAAAGUAAAAAUAAGAAAUGAAACCAAGUGGCCAAAUCUAUGAACCCGACAAAGAGAGAAGCGAAAGCCGAAUGACGAUGAGUGCAACAGGAGAGAAGCCAAUUUUUUGAAUACUUAUAUUUACAUGCAAAGCUUCAAAUAAAAUGCUUGUCACGUCACAAGUGGCACGGUAACAGAGUCACAACAAAAAAAAAAAAUAAUAAUAAUAAUAAUUGACAUAAAAAUGAGUUUAAUUAUAAAUGCCAAGGCAAUAAACGCGAAGCUAAAGUAUUCGCGAUCAGCGCACUUGCUAAAUAAGCGAUAUUUUAAUAUAAAAUUAAUAAAAAUUUAAAAUGCAAAGCUAGUUGAAACUAAAACUAAACUCAAGAGGAAUAACUCAAGCUAAAUAACUCAAAAUUUAUUAACACUGCUAAAAGCUACUUAUAAAUAAUUAACAGAUAAAACAAAAAAUAUAUAUUAAAUAUGCAACUUAGCAAAAUGGCAGAGAA